AUGGCCGCGAUGGACGAGGCCGACAAGGUACCUGUUACUGUACUUACUGGAUUCCUCGGCUCCGGCAAGACGACGUUAUUGAACCACAUCCUCACGCAGCAGCACGGCAAAAAAUUGGCGGUGAUUGAGAACGAAUUUGGGGAAGUCGGCAUCGACGACGACUUGCUAAAAAAAAAUACAAGAAUGCAAGCGGACGAGGAGAUCAUCGAGAUGAUGAACGGGUGCAUCUGCUGCACCGUGAGACAAGACUUAGUCGUUGUGCUGGACAAGCUCGCGAAGCGGGUGCAGGCCGGCACUUUGAAACUGGACGGCAUCGUGAUAGAAACGACGGGCAUGGCCGACCCGGCGCCCGUCGCGCAGACUUUUUUUGUGGAGCCGAAGGUUGCUGCGUUUGCUAGAUUGGAUGGGAUCAUCACGCUGGUCGACGCGAAGCACAUCAUCCAGCACCUCGACGAGGAGAAGCCGGAGGGCGCCGAGAACGAGGCCGUCGAGCAGGUCGCCUUCGCCGACCGCAUCCUGCUGAACAAGAUCGAUCUAGCGACGGAGCCCGAGUUAGUAGCAGUAGAGCAGCGCCUGAAGGGCAUCAACGCCUUCGCGCCGAUCAUUCGCAGCGAGAAGUCCCAAGUGUCCGUCGACCAAGUGCUGGGCAUCAAGGCUUUUGAUCUGAAGAAGACGCUGGAGAUGGACCCCGAGUUCCUGGACACGGAGGGCGAGCACGAGCACGACGAUAGUGUCACGAGUAUGUCCAUUACGACGUCGGGCGAAGUUCAUAUGUUGUUGGUGAACGACUGGGUCGGCGACGUCCUCAAGAACCUGGGGAACGAUAUCUACCGCAUGAAAGGUGUUUUAGCGGUGGCCGGUUCUCCGAAGAAAUUCGUGUACCAGGCCGUGCACAUGAUUUUUGAUGGAGUGUUCGAGGGCGAGUGGGGUCCCAACGAACCGCGGGGCAACAAGCUCGUCUUCAUCGGCAAGAACCUCGACAAACAAUCCUUACAAAGGGGCUUCGAGGCGUGUUUGGACACUCCACAAAACAGGGCCAAAAUAGAAGAGGCGGAGAUGAUCAAGGUCUUCGAGCGGCAGCAGAACGCGUUGCUCGGGGCGGCGCAGCGCGACGACGUCGUGGCCAUCAAGAACAUCCUCCAGUCCGGGGCCGCCGUGUCGUACGCUAAUUCUGUCGGCCAGACCGCUUUGCACAUCGCGACGCUCUGGGGCAACGCGUCGGCCGUCGAGGCUCUUGUGCAGGCGGGAGCUGCGGUGGAUCAAGUGAACGACCUCGGUGCGCAGACGCCUCUCCACUUAUUGGCCUCUCGUGUGGGCAAACAGUCGAACACUGCGAACCGAAUCCUCUGCGCCAAGACUCUUAUCAAAGCAGGGUGCGACCUGGGCAAGAAGAACGAGGACGGCGUCAUGGCCUACCAGUACCUCAACGGCGAGGAGGGCGACGACGUCGUCGAAUUGCGGAAGCUCAUCACGCCCUUCUGA